AUGUCUCGAGAGCGGCCCCCCCGCACCGACAUUCCCCGCAACCUGAGCUUCAUAGCCGCACUAACAGAGCGUGCCUACUACCGCAGCCAGCGGCCCAGCCUCGAGGAAGAGCCGGAGGUGGAGCCAGGCGAGGGCGGGACGCGCCUUGGGGCCCGAUCCCGCGCUCACGCUCCGAGUCGGGGUCGCCGGGCCCUUUCUGCGCCCGCCGGAGGCGGCGGGGUCCGGGCGCCCCGCAGCCCCGACACCCGCAAGAGAGUGCGUUUCGCCGACGCGCUUGGGCUGGAGCUGGCCGCGGUGCGCCGCUUCCGCCCGGGAGAGCUGCCCCGGGUGCCCCGCCACGUGCAAGUCCAGCUGCAGAGGGACGCCCUCCGCCACUUCGCGCCGUGCCAGCCUCGCGCCCGCGGCCUCCAGGAGGCGCGCGCCGCCCUGGAGCCGGCCAACGAGCCUAGCUUCGCCACCCGCUUGCAGGCGCAGCGCAUCUGCCUGGAACGCGCCGAGGCGGGCCCGCUGGGCGUGGCCGGGAGCGCGCGCGUGCUUGACCUGGCCUACGAGAAGCGCGUGAGCGUGCGCUGGAGCGCCGACGGCUGGCGGAGCCAACGCGAGGCACCCGCCUCCUACGCCGGCCCGGCCCCGCCCCCGCCGCGCGCAGACCGCUUCGCCUUCCGCCUUCCGGCGCCACCCAUUGGGGGCGCCUUGCUUUUCGCCUUGCGCUACCGCGUGACCGGCCACGAGUUCUGGGACAACAACGGCGGCCGUGACUAUGCUCUACGCGGGCCCGAGCACCCCGGGAGUGGCGGGGCCCCGGAGCCCCAAGGCUGGAUCCACUUUAUCUGA